AUGGCUGGGAUUCUGGACAGUUAUCCCGAAUAUCAAACCACAGCCGUGCUCGACAAGCUGCGGAAGACCGAGUACAGCUACCUUGACGAGCAAGACCAUCUUUAUCUGGACUACACUGGCGCUGGUCUCGCGGCAAAGGUGCAAUACCGUCAUCACCAGGCUCGUCUGACAAAUCAACUCUUCAGCAACCCACACUCUCUCAAUCCCACCAGCGAAGCGUCGACUAUACUGGUGGAAAAGGCACGAGCUCGGGUCUUGGAUUAUUUUAACGCUUCACCGGAGGAGUACACUGUUAUUUUCACACAGAAUGCAACUGGCGCUGCACGCUUGGUAGGCGAGGCAUACCCCUUCAAGAGGAACCAAAAGUUCCUCCUCACCUUUGACAAUCACAACUCAAUCAAUGGAAUCCGCGAGUUCGCCUCUCGAGGACACGCACGCACGGUUUAUAUACCGGGACAGGCAUCGGAUCUGCGCGUCGAUCCGGCGGUACUAGUAUCUGCGCUGACUAGUCGGUGGGACUGGAGACGGGCAACUGCGUUGCCGUGCCGUUGCAAGCGAGGCCUUUUCGCGUAUCCUGCGCAGAGCAAUUUUAGCGGAGUCCGUCACCCGUUAGAGUGGAUCAGUCUCGCGCAGAAGUGUGGCUAUGACGUUCUCCUGGAUGCGGCUGCUUACCUCCCCACAAAGAAGCUGGAUCUCUCAGACAAGAAUCUGAAACCAGAGUUCCUAAUCGUGAGCUGGUACAAGUUGUUCGGAUACCCAACAGGCGUCGGGUGUCUCAUUGCUCGUCGUGAUGCUAUUGCAAGAUUGUCUCGACCAUGGUUCUCCGGAGGUACUGUUCAAGCCGUGACCGUAGGCAUACGCAAGCACUUCAUGGCAGAGGAUGGCACCGCUUUCGAGGAUGGAACACCGAAUUUCCUAUCAAUUCCGGACGUGCAUUUCGGAAUCGAUUGGCUGUCCCACAUAGACAUGUCGGUGAUUGACACCAGAGUACGGUGCCUUACUGGCUGGUUCUUGGACCGAAUGAAACGCCUUCGGCAUUCAGACGGCGCCCCUAUGAUCCAUAUUUAUGGUCCACGGGACACCAAAUCGCGUGGAGGAACAGUGGCAUUUAAUUUCCUCGAUGCCAAAGGCAAGGUCGUGGACGAGCGGUUGGUAGCGUCCGAAUCUGCCGCUGUGGGAAUAUCGUUGCGCACUGGCUGCUUUUGCAAUCCAGGAGGCGGUGAAAACGCGUUUGGGCUCGACACGCAAAGUCUUCGUCCGCUAUGGCGCUUUUCCAAAUCGAUAUCCGUCGACGACUAUAUUAGGAUAGUCGGACUGCCGUCUGCCGGAGCUAUUCGCGUCUCCUUUGGACUGGCAUCGACGGCGGCAGAUGUUGAUCGUUUUAUAGAUUUUGCUGAAAAGACAUAUGGAGACCGGGUGACGCCAACAGAGGGUUUCCCACCUCGAGAGCAUUGCUAG